CCCUCCCCUCCCCCAUCCCGGCCCACCCCACCGCCGCCGCCGUCUGCGCCGCACCACCCACCCCGCCCCGCCGGCGUAACUCCCAUCCACGCGGAGCCCCUCCCACCAAAACCGCAGUGCGGGCGCGCGACCCCUCCCUCUAACCUCCACCGCCGCCGCCGCCUUGACGGAACCCUAGAACCCAGGCGGGGGUCGGUUCGUCUCGCCGGAGCGGCCCGACCCCGCCGGGAGCCGACCGCGGCGGAAGCCGGAGACCACCACUCUGCCCUCUACGGAGGAGAAAACCGUGGGAGGAGGCUGAGGGAAGGAGGGGGUCAAGAUGAGGAUCAUGAUAAAGGGCGGCGUGUGGAAGAACACGGAGGAUGAGAUCCUCAAGGCGGCCGUCAUGAAGUACGGCAAGAACCAGUGGGCGCGCAUCUCGUCGCUGCUCGUCCGCAAGUCCGCCAAGCAGUGCAAGGCCCGCUGGUACGAGUGGCUCGACCCAUCCAUCAAGAAGACUGAAUGGACAAGGGAAGAGGAUGAGAAGCUACUCCAUCUUGCUAAACUCAUGCCUACACAAUGGAGGACCAUUGCACCUAUUGUUGGUCGGACACCAUCUCAGUGCCUUGAGCGUUAUGAGAAGCUGCUUGAUGCUGCUUGUGCAAAAGAUGAGAAUUAUGAACCUAAUGAUGACCCGAGGAAGUUGCGACCUGGUGAGAUUGAUCCAAAUCCCGAGUCAAAACCUGCUCGUCCUGAUCCUGUCGAUAUGGAUGAAGAUGAAAAGGAGAUGCUUUCUGAGGCAAGGGCUCGAUUAGCUAAUACCAGGGGCAAAAAGGCUAAACGAAAAGCAAGAGAGAAGCAACUUGAAGAGGCUAGGCGGCUUGCUUCACUGCAAAAAAGGAGAGAGCUGAAGGCGGCUGGCAUUGAUACACGGCAGCGGAAGAGAAAGAGGAAGGGUAUUGAUUACAAUGCUGAGAUCCCUUUCGAAAAGAGGCCACCUCCAGGCUUUUAUGAUACGGUUGGUGAGGACAAGCCACCUGAGCAUGUGCAGUUUCCAACUACUAUUGAGGAUCUUGAAGGGAAGCGGAGAGUGGAUAUAGAGGCACAAUUGAGAAAGCAAGAUAUUGCCAGGAACAAGAUUCUGCAGCGGCAAGAUGCCCCAGCUGCAAUAAUGCAAGCCAAUAAACUCAAUGACCCUGAAGCUGUCACAAGAAGGUCCAAACUAAUGCUUCCGCCACCACAAAUUUCUGAUCAUGAGUUAGAGGAGAUAGCAAAGAUGGGUAGUGCUGGUGAUCCUGCUCUAGCUGAGGAGCUUGGCGAAGGAAGUACUGCCACAAGAGCCUUGCUAUCCAGCUAUUCCCAGACUCCAAGGCUUGGUAUGACACCAUUGCGAACUCCACAGAGAACUCCAGCUGGUAAGGGUGAUGCUAUUAUGAUGGAGGCAGAAAAUCUUGCACGUUUGAGGGAGUCACAAACACCUCUUUUAGGAGGGGAUAACCCAGAUCUUCAUCCAUCAGAUUUCUCUGGUGUUACACCACGUAAGGAGAUACAGACUCCAAACCCCAUGGCGACACCCUUGGCAUUGGCAAGCCCCGGUCCUGGUGUGACCCCACGGGUUGGCAUGACGCCCUCCAGAGAUGGAAAUUCCUUUGUUAUAACUCCAAAAGCUACACCCUUUCGAGAUGAGCUCCGCAUAAAUGAAGAGGUGGAGUUGCAGGACAGUGCUAAGCUUGAGCUUCGUAGACAAGCUGAGCUAAGAAGGAGUCUGCGAUCUGGUUUUGCUUCUAUUCCACAGCCUAAGAAUGAGUACCAGAUAGUUAUGCCACCUAUCACAGAGGAUGAAAAGGAAGAAGCUGAAGAGAGAAUUGAAGAGGAUAUGUCGGACAGGCUAGCGAGAGAGAGGGCCGAGGAACAAGCAAGGCAGGAGGCAUUGCUUAGAAAGAGAUCCAAAGUGUUGCAGAGAAGUCUGCCUAGGCCACCUGCUGCCUCAGUAGAGGUUCUCCGGCAGUCUCUGAUUAAAGGUGGUGAGAGCAGAAGCAGAAGUACCUUUGUGCCUCCAACAUCACUUGAACAGGCUGAUGAUCUAAUAAAUGAGGAACUCCUUAGGCUCCUUGAGCAUGAUAAUGCUAAAUACCCCCUUGAUGAAAAAACUCAAAAAGAGAAAAAGAAAGGGAACAAGAGGCAGGCAAAUGCGGCAGCGGUUCCUGAAAUUGAGGAUUUGGAUGAGGAUGAAUUAAAAGAGGCUAGUUCUUUGGUUCAAGAGGAAAUUCAGUAUCUUCGUGUGGCCAUGGGGCAUGAAAACGAAUCUUUUGAGGAUUUUGUGAAAGCUCAUGAUGCGUGCCAAGAGGACCUUAUGUAUUUUCCUACAAAGAACAGCUAUGGUCUUGCCAGUGUCGCUGGAAACGCUGAUAAGUUAUCCGCUUUGCAAAAUGAGUUUGAAAUUGUGAAGAAGAGAAUGGACGAGGAAGCUAAGAAGGCUUCUCGUCUGGAGCAGAAGAUCAAACUUCUGACACAAGGGUACCAGGUACGGGCUGGGAAACUGUGGUCGCAGGUCCAAGACACAUUCAAACAGAUGGAUACUGCUGCAACAGAACUUGAAUGCUUCCAAGAGCUCCAGAAACAAGAACAGUUGGCAGCUUCCUACCGUGUCAGAAACUUGACUGAAGAAGUGGAUAAACAGAAAGCUUUAGAACGAACACUCCAAAGCCGCUAUGGUGAUUUGAUGUCUGUUUACCAUAGAAUCCAAGAACAGCUUGAGGAGCACAAGAUUCAACUUAGGAAACAGGAGGCAAUAGAAGCAGAAAAUCGUGCUCGAGAGGAGGCUGCAGCACAGAAUUGUGCUGCUGAAGAAGAAAAUGAAAGAAUACGUAAUGUUGAAGUGGGGAAAGAACAUAUGAACAGUGUUACUGAUGAGGAGCCUGCCCCUGCAGGAAGCAAGCAAAUCAAUGAGGAUCAGAUGGACGUGGACAACAAUAAUGUAGAUGGGGAAUUCGUUGGUCCUAUUCCCCCAGCACCAGAUACUCAAGGGGAUAUCAUUGAAGCUUCUGCUCAAGAGAACUCUUCUAAUGCUCCAAGUAGUGAUGGUGUCACCACGAAUGGUGAAGCAUGUGAUAUGGUCGAUGCAUCCAAGGUAGAAAGUCAGGACAAUGCCAGUGGCAGUUUGCUCGUGGAUGCUGGCAAUCAGGAAGAUGGCAAGAAUAGCAUUCCAUUGGUUGGUGCCAGUGAAGGAAAUGCUGCUUUAUCCUCAGAUGGUGCUGUCACAAAUGAGCAGAAUGACAUGGUUCCUGAGUGAAUAUUGUUCGUUGCACUUUUUCUGAAGCUGAAGUCAGUACCGGACAAGGUAAUGAAGGCGAUCCAUGUCAAAGGAAAAUGAAGAGUCUCAAAUGCACUGCUAAAAUAUGCUUGAGACAACACCAUGUUGGUAGUAUCAUGUGUGAAGCCAACUGAACUCUCAUAGAUGCAGAGCUGCCUAGUUUUUUCCCAGCAUUUUACACCCAUUAUUGCUGGGGGACUCUACAGAUGUCAGAUCCUGUAAUAUGUUGAUCCAGUCAUUUUCUUUGGAUGCUUACUAGAUUUGUGAACCCACAUCGUUGAGCCAUGCACUGAACAUUUUACAUUUUUUGCUGGUGGAGACUAGUCGGGUUUCGGAAAAAUGGUUGGAACUGUGGAACCCUUCCAAUAGUGGUGGGGUUUGCAACCUUUUGGAUCGCAUAGCUUUUUCUCACAUGUUAAUUUCCAUUUCUAGAUCACCUAUUGAAUUUGUCUUAAAUCAA